AUGUCCUCGCCCGAGGAAUCGUAUCCGGCGGCUGGGGAGCAGCCGGGAGCUGGGCUGCACUUGCGGGCGGCGGGAGGCGCACUGCUGCUUUGCGGGCUGGCACUGCUGCUGGGCUGGGUCUGGCUGCGGCGGCAGCGCGCAUGCGGCAUCCCUCCGGGGCCCGCACCCUGGCCACUCGUGGGUAACAUCGGGCACUUGCUGGUGCCCCGUUUCCUGCGGCUGCAGUUCUGGUUGGGCCAGGGCGGCCAGACCGACACCGUGGGCUCGCACGUGCGCCUGGCCAAGCUGGCGGGCGUCUACGGGAACGUCUUCAGUUUGUUCAUCGGUCACCAUCUGGUGGUGGUCCUCAGCGACUUCCACUGCGUGCGCGAGGCGCUAGUGCAGCAGGCUGAAGUGUUCAGUGACCGCCCGCGGAUGCCGCUCAUCUCCAUCAUGACCAAAGAGAAGGGAAUCGUGUUUGCACACUACGGCGCCAUCUGGAAACAGCAGAGGAAAUUCUCCCACUCGACGCUCCGUCAUUUUGGGUUGGGAAAACUUAGCCUGGAGCCCAAGAUUAUUGAGGAGUUCAAGUAUGUAAAAGAGGAAAUGCAGAAACACGGAGACGCCCCCUUCAGCCCCUUCCCCAUCAUCAGCAAUGCCGUCUCUAACAUCAUCUGUUCCCUGUGCUUCGGCCAGCGCUUCGACUACACAAACAAGGAGUUUAAGAAGGUGCUGGAUUUCAUGUCUCGAGGGUUAGAAAUCUGCUUGCACAGCCAGAUCUUCCUGAUCAACAUAUGCUCCUGGUUUUACUACCUUCCCUUUGGGCCAUGGAAGGAACUAAGGCAGAUCGAAAGGGACAUCACCUGCUUCCUUAAAAACAUCAUCAAAGAGCACCAGGAGUCUCUGGAUGCCAGCAACCCUCAGGACUUCAUAGACAUGUACCUCCUGCACAUGGAGGAGGAGCGGAGAACCGGCAGCGGCACGAGCUUCAAUGAGGACUACCUGUUCUACAUCAUCGGGGACCUCUUCGUUGCUGGCACCGACACUACAACCAACUCUUUGCUUUGGUGCCUGCUGUAUAUGUCAGUGAACCCGGACGUGCAAAAAAAGGUCCACGAAGAAAUCGAAAGGGUCAUUGGUUGUGACCGCCUUCCUUCCCUCACAGACAAGGCCCAGAUGCCAUACACAGAAGCCACCAUCAUGGAGGUGCAGAGGUUGUCCAUGGCCGUGCCCCUCGCCAUUCCUCAUAUGACUUCAGAGAAAACAGUCCUCCAAGGAUACACUAUUCCUAAAGGUACCGUGGUCAUUCCCAACCUGUGGUCAGUGCACAGAGACCCAGCCAUUUGGGAGAAGCCAGAUGACUUCUGUCCUGAUCGAUUUCUGGAUGACCAGGGACAACUUCUGAAAAGAGAAACUUUUAUUCCUUUUGGGAUAGGGAAACGGGUGUGUAUGGGAGAGCAGCUGGCAAAGAUGGAGUUGUUCCUGAUGUUUGUGAGCCUGAUGCAGAGUUUCACCUUUGCCCUACCCGCGGGCUCUGAGAAGCCCAUCAUGACUGGAAGAUUCGGUCUGACGCUAGCCCCCCAUCCAUUUAAUGUAACCAUCUCAAAGAGAUGAAGGUGCCCCUGAGAAGAGAGGAGGGGACAACAGCCAAAUCCGUGUCCUAGACAGUCUUCUGUGCUGUUGAGCGUGGGCCCAGCAACUCAGCACAGCCAAGAGAGGCUCUAGACAAGAGCCCUGGAGGGGCUGGGCGCCACACCACGGAUGCCUCCUGCCCAAUGGGACACAUGGAUGAUGAAUCUAGUUGUGCAGAUUCUAUCAGGAACAGAUCUCAUCUCAGCUCCCAUCAUCCCACGGUAAAAUGAGGGUAAUGAAAUUUCUCAUGACUUCUCUGCUAUUAGCAGAUGCUGGACAGUUCGGAAGUAGACCUGCCUUCAGGCCUUUCAGGGCCCUGACAUGGAAGUGUGUUCAGCAUGGACACUUGGUCAGAAAGGGAUACAGGCCUAGGUUAUAUUGAGGUAGAAGAUUUUCUUUUUAAUUUUUUUCUUUUUCUUUUUAGCAUAGGGUCUAUGUCAGUUUCCUUGGGCUUGUCUUACGAGUAUCUUUUGGGUUUAGGGCUGGGUUAUUUUUUAUAAAGCUAGGAUGAAAUGUCCCCUUGCCCCAUGUGAUGAGGAAAAAGAGAAUCAUUCUCUUGACGUCAUUGUCUACCUAUGUGUACGCUGUCUGUAACCACAGAAACUGAGAGCGUGGUACACAGCCCAGGUCCCCUCUGCCCAGCAGAUGUGCAGCUCUGCCUUGACCUGGGCUCUGGAUGCUGGGCUAGGAAACUGAGUCAUGGAAUUGUGGGAUUGAUCAAGAAGCGAUUUCUCAUUCAAAUGAUUCUGAACCCUCCUCUCCUGUUGUGUUACCAGCCAUAGUGUGACUAACUUGAAUACUCUCCACGAUGAGAAGCCAUUUCUUCAUAGGGUGGCCUCUAAUGACCCUUCCAAGGACCGCGAGAAAAUGUGGGAAUGGCUUUAUGACAGUGUGGAUGACUGUGGCCUUCUGCUGCUGGGGGUAAGGGUGAGCAGGGGCAAAGCCAUCCAUUACAGUCAACAGUGUGCAGCUCCGCGUGCCCGAGUCUGGCCCUUCCCUCAGGUCUCCCACAGCACAGUGGAAGGAACCGUGAUUAUGUGAGCAUUUCUUAGAGAGGCACCGUAUGAACGUUUCCUUUGUGUGCAAUCCUCACGCCAAGGGAGCUGAGGCUUUGCAGUGCUAAGGCCUGUGAUGACAAAACACCCUCACUGGUCUCUAAGACACUUGACCUGUGACUGGAAAGCACUUUCUGAGCCCUUCUCAGUAUUGACCCCACGUGGUCCUGAAGCUGCGUCCUUGGUUACCAUGUCCCUCUUCAUCCCGGUGGACCCCCUGGGGCCAGGCUCCACACUGCUGCCUCCUCAUCCCCAUGCCUUAUUCUUGGCAGAUGCCCGGGCAACUUGGGAGUGAGUUGGGGAAGGUGCUUGAGGGGAGAGCCCAUCUGUGUGUUUAUUGCUGUCCUUUAGGAUAGUCUUAAAUUGCAGUGUAAUUUCGCCCUACCUGUUUAAGCCAGUGUUUAAAAAUUCACUAGGCUUUUUGUAUCAUUUAAAGUAACCAUGUUAGCAAAUGUAGAACGAUACCUCAGCUGCUAAAACCUAAUACAGAAUGAAGGCUUCCAGCAUCUUCCACAGCCGGCUCGCCCAGGUACCCAGGCAGACCCCCAGAUGCUUACUGAGGGGGAAAUGCCAGCUGCUGAAUAAAAACCUACAAGUGAAAAGGAAAAGGUGGAAUAUUGUAUAACUGAGUAUUGAUUAAUUUUUGAUUCUUCAUUCUUUAUAUUAUCCACCAUAAUGUUUUCCUUUUUGUAAGUUAUAGGCACUUUCAAAAUAGGUGCAGGAAGUGCAGGCUAAUUUUUAGGUGCCCUGAAGACUGUUUCAUGUAAGCACACUGAGUGUGGAGGGACCGAGUGAGGCUGUACACCGUAUGGAUAAGAUGGCGCAUGGAUGGGCACACUGUACCUUCACCAGGAUAGCUUGUCCUGAUCUGAGACUCAUGUGCUUUUAAACCUUGACACCCACAAGUCAAUUUCUGGACCUCCUAACCAAAGACUUCAUACUAUACUUGAAAAAGACUUCUGCCUUCUAUGGGAUGAUGUCAGAGUCCUGUGUUUAUCCAGCAGUUUAAUACCGUGCCUCAUGCUGUAGCGCUCUGAAAAUCCCUUAUACACUUUGCCACAGAUGGACUGUGCUUUUCCCGAAUCUACCGCUAUUUUAUGCGCUUCCUGUUUGAUCUGAAAUGUGAAAAUAGCCUUAGUUUUCGGGGUCUAACAAGGUCUAGACCUCAUCUUCGAUGG